AUGGUCAGUACCAGAAUGAAUGUAGAGAACUUUAUAGAAGAAUAUAAGGAUUAUCUUAUGGUUAGGCCUAAAUGGCAUUUCUGUGUUGUGUUAAUACUAUUCUUAUUGUAUAUGACAAAAUCAAAUCAGUCAAGAAGAAAAAGGAAAAAGGUGAAACAAAAUGUUUCAAAUGAGUUUGAUAUCUUUGAUCUUGCCAAGACAGGAUAUAAAUCAGGUCACACAGAACUUGUAAUAGAUAUGGUGGAAGCUACUGAUUAUGAUGUUAACUAUAUUCCUCCAUCAACUGGACUCUCUCUGUUUUUAUGUGCUUGUGUUAGUGGUCAAGAAAGAUUAAUAAGAUAUUUACUACGUAAAGGUGGUGAUAUCAAUAACUAUACAGAAGAUGGUGAUUCAGCUUUAUAUCUGGCUACAUUUGGUGUUUUAAACUCAGAAUUUCCAAAUCCACAAGUUAUAAAAUUACUUCUUACAGCAGGUUGUGAGGUAAAUCAACAGAACAGAAAAGGUUUCACGCCACUUCAUAGAGCCGCUAGUAAAGGCAAUUUAGAUAUCAUUAGAUGCCUAGUACAACAUGGAGCUAAUCCAAAUAUCUGUAACAGUUCAGGAAUCUAUGCCUUAGAUAGUGCUAUCAAUGCAGGACAUCUUGAUGCUGCCAAGCUGCUAACUAUCAACAUAGAGAAUCCACAUGUAUGGGAUGUUGUUGAACCUCAUACACCAACUCAUAUAUCACUCGGCCUACAGAGCCCACAGAGAAAAAUAUUAUUAGAAUCAUCUAGACCUUAUCAUAAUAACAGUGUUAAAGUUUUUACAUAGUUAUAUGUAAUAUUGUUAAAUUCAUCAUCAAUUUCUGUAUCAGUAAUAAUAUAAUAUUAUGUCCUUUGAAAACAACCUCAUAAAAUAAUCAUAAUGUUCCUCUUAAGAAUUUGAUAAUUUCUUUUUCUUUUGAUGUUAUUUUAUAAAAAAGCCAAUGAUCGUGAUUUGAGGGAUUUUAAAUCCUAUGCAAAGUGAAAUAUUUUGAAAUUUGAAUCUCUAAAAUGAAUACCAGUGCAACAAUGGUUCAUUUUCG